UACCCAGUUCUCUCCAAAGUCGGCUUUCUUAUAUUAUAGCUAGCCCCUGUUAGCGGAAAUGGGGAGACGCGCUAAAAACACAAGUUCACUGAUGUCGUGCAACUAAUAUAAGGGGACUUGAGAUAUUAGUCAACUUAAUAGACCCCAUUAAUCGUAUGCCCAGAUAAGGGUGACGUUGUGAACACAACUAUUUAGUACAGGGGCGACGUGGUCUUGUUUUGGCUGUAUAUAUUGGAGGUUCAGUGGCAAGCGUCUGCUCCGCUGUGGACAGCAUCAUGGGUUGUCAGGAGUCUAAGGUGGUUGAUGUCAGACCGUCUGCAGAUGGAAAGAAUGGCCAAUCAAGGAAUUCGACUGGAGGAGAUGCGAAACAACCCGAAAAGUUUCGGUACAGCUCACAGAUAAGCGGGCCAGGAGCUAAAACAUACAUCUGUAAUAUGAUAGACCAAACUUGUCGCCUGGUUUCCGAUAGUUCCGUCGUCACAGCAAUCCAAGAUCUGCCGCCUGGAAACUGGAAAGAGGUGCUUCCAGAAUUCUGCGAUGCCGAUUUCAGCAUAUAUGAGGCAGACGACAUUCCUCUCCCAUCCACAGCAGACAAUGAGCCCGCCAUAUUGGAUCCCAACGAACAAUUGGAUAUUCAGGAAUACAAGAAGGACAAGGAGGUUUGGCGGGCCAAACGAAAAGUGGAGUUCGAGUAUAUGACCCCGUUGGGGACGGCGAGCGAACCAGUGAUGGAGGUAGAGUUCGCCAUCGCUCCAGAAAACCAAAAACGCGAGAUCCACGUCAUGAGCGACAUUCACCUCAGCUGCUAUUGGUCAGACGGAAUGGCGGACAAAGUCCGGUACCAGAUGGACCAAAUGCUGACCAAUGAGCGCAUCCACACGUACGUGAUGCUUGGCGACGUGUUCGAGAUGUGGCUUGACGACAUACACCAAGUCCCGCCAACCAUAGAAGAACAAGCCAAGAAAUGGACGGCAGAUCCAGUGGUCGAAUAUUUCACCAGCUCGGUCAGGCGCAUGGUUGAUGAAAAGGAUGUCAACGUAUUUUUCGUCCGAGGAAACCAUGAUCACGAAAUAACGGCAGAAAUGGUGCAAAAGUUUUUUGGGCCCAAGGUUCGAUUUGUUGAAGGAACGCUUAUCUAUAAAAUCAACGACGGUGGCGGGAACCAGUACCGCAUCCGUUUUGCACACGGCCAUGACUGGGAUCUCUUCAACUCGUAUGCACUACGCGACACUGGGGAACUUAUCGCUGGAUACCCUGUGGGUUACUAUGUUGCCAGAGCCGUCGCUAGCAGCCAAAGGUUUGAUGGUAUGCACGACGUGGAACAUCUACUGUUGAGCUUCCUCCAGGGGCUCUUACGAACAAUUCCCAAGUCUCUGGAAGAUGAUCUGUCCAGAAUCCUUGCGGGAGCAACUGUGCAAAAGAAGCUAACGAGAAAUCUGAUGGAGGGCGCCUUCGGCACGUCUAAACUCGACGGAGAAUGGAAGUUGGUGAUUGCCGAAGAUAAAUUUGUGACUCUGAGAACCAUCCUCAACUAUCCUUACAUUCGCCUGCUGAAUAAAUUGAGAGGCGACGACAUAGUGUUCCACAUGGUAAAGGCCGCCAUGGGGAAUUAUGACAAACUCCUGUACGCAUGCGCAGAAGAUGUGGUGGUAUUGGCACACACACACCGUUGGGUUUUGGAGAAAAUAGAUUCUUUCACCAAGAAUGACCUUAUUUAUGCCAACACUGGGGCGUGGACUAAAUGUGCUAAAGAGUAUUCCUAUGUAACUAUCAGCCCGCCAGGUGGAGAUCAGGAUGGAAAAGUUGUCGUCUGCCACGGGGAAAACUGAUCCUCCAAUCCACGUGACAUCAUGUGUGACGUGAACUUAUACAGCAACAUUGUGUCUUGUGUGACGCAAGCAAAAGAAUCGUCAUACAUAUGACGUUAAACACUUAACGUUUUUACAACAAUUCUGACAAGUAUACGCCAAUGGAAAACAGUAAUUCCCAAUGACGACAAUCAUAUAUACUUUUUUCUAAUUUGACUCUCUGUUUAUGAAUUGUGAUUGACCAAAAUUAUGAAUGUUAUAAGUUUUUUCUUCAAAAGAGGAAUAUGGAUUUCAUUGUAGGAUUACAGCAUCUGUACCUUCUACCAGGGUCACAGAUCGAUUUUUCACUAUUUCUGUAUAUAUAUAUAUUCACAGAUAUGUCUCUGGCAAAUCCAUUCAACGUUUCUCUGAUUCUCUCCCGCUGGGGAAAAGUACCCUGCUAGAGGGCACAGUAUUGUAAUUGAAUAUUUAUGUACAUACACAGAAGUCUAUGGAACCUCUCUUAUACAAUAACAAACUCUACGGAGACUGUGAAAAUGAAAUAUGCUCAUAAAAGUCAUAAAAUGGCGAGGAAGCUUGACAUCAAAGAAGCAGCAGGCUGCUUGUAGUUUUCUUUACGCUUGAGACAAAUUAGGCUUUAUACACAUGUAUAAAAACAGAAGUUUGUGGUACAACAGUUUUAUUGUUUCAAAUGUUACAAGCCUUAAUAAAAGGUAUUACAACAAUAAGGUAACUAUUAUUAGCACCACCUGGGUGAAUAUUAUCUGGAUCUGGAUCCACCAAACUGUAAUUAUCAAUAUUAAUCACCCUGAGAAAUUAAUAAGAGAAAAUAUGGUGUGGAAACCGUGUUGGUUUUGU